GCCAGCCUGAAGACGUCAUUACACAAACAGAAGUGGUCCAUGCUUUGCCGGGUACUGACGUGACCCUGGUGUGCAGCUUCCUAAAACCACACACCACCCACAUAAUACAGACACAGUGGUCCAGGACUGAUGACGCCCAGCUUACCAAAAUAGCUGUUUAUCACCCCAUUUAUGGCACCCAUUACUUCACCUUUCCUGAGGCUUCUUACAACUUUUCAGUGUCCUUCAGCAAGAGGAAGUGCUGCAGCAAAGAUGUUACAGAGGCUUUGUGUUCCCCCCAUCCAAACACAUCUGAAUGCAACCAGUUGGCUCUGCAUCUGAAAAAUGUUACUGUCUCCCUUAGUGGGCAGUACGAGUGCAGUUUUGCUACAUAUCCGUAUGGGACAAAGGCUGCAAAAAUUCAACUUAUUGUCAAGGCAGAAGAGGAGCAGCACCACGUGAAGGAAGUGCAGUUAAACCAGACUUUAGAAAUUCCAUGCCUUGAGGACACGACCUCACAAAAUUUGUCCAAUUAUCCUUUGAAAUGGCUAGUGGGUGAAAAUGGCAGGAAAGAGGAACUCGUGACCAAGGAGCCCUCCUGUCCUGCAGUGUACAGGAACAGCAGCGAGUUGUAUGGGCAAAGAGUCCGCCUGGGUUUGAAUAAUGCUCUAAAGAUUUUCCCCACCAAAAUCAUGGAUGAUGGCAAGGUGUUUUCCUGCCAUGUGGUGUACCACCCAGAGAGAGUCAAGAAGAGCAGCACCACCAUGAGAAUAUUUGCCUACCCUGAGAUCUCUGUUAGCCUGCAGGAGGGCUCAGCUGGCAUCUUGCAGAAGCCUAACUUGAGCUGCGUGGUGCGAAAGGCGUUUCCCAAGCCAAUCCUCAUGUGGUUCAUGGACAGAGCACACCUGAUGGAGCAGCCUGGAGAAAUUUCUGUUGAACAAGAAGACUUGCAAGACAGUGAAGGUUUCUACCAGCUGAGAUCAACACUGAUGUUGCAAGGGACCCACCAGACACAUAAGACCUUCUCAUGUGCAUGUCUGUUUCCCUUCCUUGGGAAUGAAACAUGGAAUAUUUCAUCAGAAGAAAUAUUUGUUUCCUUCGACCUUGGAAAUUCAGCACUUCCAUCAGCUGUCACGACUACCUCAGAGCACCAGUCAACACCUUUGUCCUCUCUGGAUUUCUUAAGUGAAGUAAGCUUGGCUCCUGCUUCCACAACACAAGAUUUGAAUGAUUCCACCACUGAAUCCCCACAAAGCCUUGGGAAUGCCACGCGCUCCUCCGAGAAUACAACCCUUGCACAUCGUAACCUGUCCUUCAGCACCACAAACCAGCCAAUUUCAGUGACCAGAGGGAAAGAUUUCUUUACUACUAGCAGUCUGCUCAAUAGUACUGGUGGCGCAAGGAACACGAAAGCCAGUCGCUUCCCCUGGCCAACAGUGGUAGCCAUCCUGCUCCUCUUCUGCAGUUUUCUAAUAAUUUUAGGCAUCAGGAAAUGGUGUCAGUACCAGAAAGAGAUUAUGAACAGACCUCCAUCUUUCAAGCCACCGCCACCUCCAAUAAAAUAUAUCUCCAUGGUGGAGUCUGAAGGGACUCCCCCAUCCUGCCACGAACUGGAAAACUUGUAA